GUAAAGACGGAACCAGGUCAACCUAGUCCUCUGGCUGGCAUAAGGCUCAAUGUGCCCUAUUUCAGGACCAUACCUGGCAUCAUAAAACUCGUGCAAUUGGCAGACAUCUUUGAAAUUUGUCGUCGUUUUGUCAACACAAUUGUUAUUUAUCUUGGAACUCGGCCAAGCCAUUAACAAGCUAGACGAAAAAAGAUAGAAAUUUUUAUUCCUGGGAUAUUCUCGAAUAAAUUGUUUCUUUAUUAUCCAACAACGCAUGCGCAUAAUCAUGACGCGGGUAUCUUGAAUAAAAUUCAACAUUCGUUUCCUUCGAAGGAUUUCGCACGAAGAAGGUGAAUAAUAUUACGUAACUUAAUGCGCACACGCGUCAUCGUUCGUUCAAAACAGUAUUACGCAUUUCGUGCUUUAUGUAUUCUAUAUAUUUUCAGAAAAUAAUGUAUACUGUGCGCUAUAUCCAUCUUUGACAAUUAAACACACGAAUUUAGCAUUUACUACGUAUUUGUUAUUACGAUUUUUAUUUUAAUCGAUUAUUAUUUUUCCCCUUCAACGAUUCUUUCAAACUACCCAAAAAGUUAGCUUUUUUAUCGUUCUUUUUCAUUGAACUUACUCGUGUCAUUUUUAGCUUUUUCGACGAAGGCAAUUCUCUUUGAAAUAAAAGUGCAUUUUCACCUUUUGGUAACUGUCAAUUAAUAGCGGUCGUAGUAAUGGUUGAAUAGGUUCUGCGUACCGUUGCAUACAAAUUAUCUUGUCUGGUGCUUUGUAGAAGAUAACUCUCAGCAUGCAUACCGUACGAUGCAAGAUUAUGACUUUUUAUUUGUAAUAAAGAACAGCACAUUGAUUUCACUUUGUCAUCGUGACGUGGGCAAAUAUAAUUCAGAUACGUUCAUUAGCAUUUUUUAUUUAAAUCGAAUUCGAAAUUAUUUUGAACGUAAGGUGACGUAUCAGUUAUCGUGCGACCUUGAAAUUCUGAUAUAGAUGACAAAGUAUUUUCGUAUAAGAUUACGCGUAAGACAUAAGCAAUCUUAUCUGACUUUCAAAUAUUGAAAGUACUAAGACGUUGGAGUGUAUCGCACGCUAUAACUUUUAGCUAUGUACCGUUAAAGAGAUAUCAAAUCGUCGAUAUAAUUUAACUGUAAUAUUCUCUGAGAAGUAUGAUGAACGAGCAUGGGUGGAGGAGAUUCGAGCGGUUUACACCGUGAUGUUGAACCUGCAACAGCAUAACCGUGUAACGGUAAUCUUCUUACGGAACGGUUAGCAAAGCGUCUAGCUAUGGUGAGAGGGGAAAAGCUUCUGUUUACGAAAUUGCAUUAGUUAGUACUCUAAAGUUCGAUCUUUCAUUCUUUUUUUCUUUCAUAAAAGAUGUCUUUCUUAUCUCGUUUCGACAUCGUUAAAUCAUUAAACUUCGAUGGAUAUUAAGCUAUGAGAGCUAUUGUUUUAGUUAUUCUCAGCUUAUAAGAACUUAUGAGAACUUAUGAGAGCCUAUUGUUCAAAAUCAAACUUAAACGAUGAGUGUCACGCAAAAUGAUCGUGCUGUUUAUAUUUCAUGUUGAAAAAUACCGAAGGAGCAUCGAGCCGCGUUGUGUAAUUGAUGGUGCACUAGAGUUUAUCGACAUAUAUUGAAACAAGUGCUGUUGCGCCUCUUUGGUAUUUUUCGACAUGAAUUGAAACGAAACGUUGUUAUUUUUCAACAAGAUUUUUUUCAACGAUCUUUUAACGAUUAAUAGAGAUAGUUUUGAUUAUUUAAUGCGGAGAUAGAGUAUAUUCAUCGAUUCGAAUGAAAAGGUCGAUUGUAUACAUACGUCUAACACCGGUCAGCCCACCUAUUGCUUUUUAAUAAAUAAGAAGGCCUUUUGGAUAAUAAAAAAUAAAAGUUGGAUAACUCGUACUCGGUAAUCCUUGAUAAUCUAAUUUUGUUCUCAUUCUCGUUUACGACAACAUAAACGACAUAUAUAUUUCAUAUGGAAUUAUUUGAAGAACAGCAGGUAGUCACGUUAAUAAAGAUGUCUUUAACGUUACUGUGUAUUAAAGGUAACAAGAAUAACAAGAUCCUUUUUAUUUUCUCUCUCUCUCUCUCUCUCUCUCUCUCUCUCUCUCUCUCUCUCUCUUUCUCUCUUCUGUAAUAGUACUCAUAAUAGAGAUAAUAAAUGUUAUUUGGCUGACGUUCAAGUCUACCAGCUGUUUACUUUUUCUGUAGUAUAUUUUAUUAAUGCCAACUUUUAAUUUCACUGAACGUCAGUCUAUGUGUAAGUACGACGUAAUAAAUAUUUCUAGAUUAAAAUUUGAUAAGAAAAUUUGAAGGUAAUAGUAGUAUCCAUUCAACUUAAGAAAUAUACAAGGAAACCGUCUUGUGCAAAAAAUAUUCGAGCACUGCUGGAUACUUUAUGACUUCGUGACCUAAUCAAGUAAACAUACUACAUUACACGUUCUUUAUUUCAAACAAAAAGACCAUGUUGCGUUGGAAAAAUUUAACAUAGGUGGGACGUAACAGGACAAUUUACAAAUAGAAAAACAAAAUUGUCGAUUCAUUUAAUUGCUCGUCAUUGAUAGUAAGAAGCAGUAUAUAUGAGUAUACAUGAUCAUGAUAAUAAUUACGAUAUGCUUGGAAUAAGAUAGACAAAGAGACAGACAAAUAGAUAUAGACACAAGAAAAGAUUGCUUUUUUUUUUCAGGGACGACAGCAUGUUUUUUUUCUGCGGCCAUACUUGUUUCGUCUUGAAUUACAUUCGUAGAUCUUUGUCAUUGAUUCUGCGCCAAGAGUCGAGUACUCGUGUAUGUAUAUAUAUAUAUAUAUAUAAUAUCCACGAAUGUCAGCGUUCUUAAAACUUACUUUGAAGAUAUCUUUGAAAUGUGACUCCAUGCUCAAGAAAAAUGAUUUCGACGAACUCGUGUUUAUCGUUUCAUAAUUCUCCUUAUUUUCUUUUUUUUUUUUUUCUUUAGAAAUUAUUCGGAUGACAAGUAAACGUCUCUGCUGUCGUUACAAUUGAAUCUAAAGAAGGCUAAUUUGUAGUAUCGAUAUCAAUAACUAUAACUAGUGGGAAUAACCUUGGUCUCGACAAGAUCACCCGUCAAAACAAUUCGACCUUCGUCCUAGACGAUUGUCUAGGAUAGAUAUACGUUCUGCGUAUGUAUGAAUGGUUUGACGUGCGUUGGAGAUCGAAUUACUUAUUGGGCAGGACAGAAAUGAAAUAUUAUUUCGUUGUUUCAUCGUUCUAGUUUUCAUUUCUAUUUGAAAAGAAAAAGAGAACAAUCGAAAUCAGGAAAGUUUCGUUUCGUUAAUCGUAUACAUAAAAUUAUAUAUAUAUAUAUAUAUACACGUAUAUAAUUUUGCAAAGUACUUAGCGAAAACUUGAAUUAUUUUCCUUUUUUUUUAUUUCAUUUUCCUUAUCUAGAAAGUCAUCAACGUGCGUUGAACACGCUUCGUAUUACGGUAUUAUAACGUGACAAUAGUUUUGCCUUCAGCACAAAAGCAAUACGCCAUUUUCUUGAAAGAAAUUAUCGCGACGAUCACGCUAGACAUGCUAAUACGUAUUCGUAAUGGUGAAAGGGUCAAGAAAUGGAACGUGAGAUGAAAGGAACACUUUUAGGAAUACCGAUUUAAAAUCGUUACGAGUCUCAACGUUCUCCAAUUUUCGAGAGGCACGGUUUCGAAAAUUGGGUUGCGUCUUAUUUAAAAUACACUUCACGAUGGAGUCCACACGACAAAGGAUCAUUUGAAUAAUGAUUAUUUCUCUUCCUUAUCGUUAAUAUUUAUCACCGAAGAACACAAUUAUUACCUUGUAUAAACUUUGAACAAGGAAUAUAAAAUAUCACGUUAGGUAUCGAUUAGGUAAAUAAUAAAGAUUGGAGACCUUGAGAUUCCGCAAUCCAGAGAAGUCUACCUGACGACGUCAUUGACGAUCCCCCUUAUCAUCAAUCGAUAAUCCUUUUCAAGAGUCUCUGUUUACUACCUCAAGAUUAGAACAUCAAAUAUUCACAAAGAUAGAUGAAUAAAAGUUCAAGAGAGUUACUUCUUUAGCUAUAAAAAUUGUCUUCCAAGUCAAAAAGUCCGUCUUGGAGUCGACUGACAUUCCUGCAACGUCGUAAUCCGAAUUCAUGUAUUCCAUUGGUGGAAUUAGUUAGGUAUACCGGUUGGACCGGUUCCUAUUACUCGCAAUCACUUGUGGCUAUGAUCAACGAAAAUCUUGAUGGAGUAAUGCUGGAGAAGGGGAAGGAGAAAUUUGGGAGAGAUAGAGGAGGAAAAGAGGAAGAAGAAGAAGAAGAAGAAGAAGAAGAGAACUUUGGGUGGAUUUAGAUACCAACUCGUUCGAUUAGGUUGCCUCGUUCGAUGACCAUACAUGAUCAUCUCGAUGACGUACUAUACGUGGCGUCCUACAUACUCCAGGAGCAUCGGUAUCCUCUAUUCAAUGUGUGCGUUCUGUCGUACACAAAGCUCGUGCGUUGCUUGAGGCCGUAUUGGCGGCGUUCGCCACGUUGGCCCUGAUGUCCGUCGCAGCAACGGUAUCGAAACGACUCAUUAACAAUUCAAGCCGUCCUUGGCUUCUCCUCGGCCACGUUGCUUCUUUUCCUCGACGAAUCUACCGCUACCGCGUAGCAUACCUAGCCGGCAUACCGGUUACUUGGCCCACGUGCCUGACUCAAUUUAAUCGAUCCUUUUUGAUAUCUCCCAUCAAGCGAUCUUUUCUUAUGAGUCUACGUACAUAAAAAGUUGCAUCGAUAUAUUCUUAGCUAAACUCCGUAUCGAUUUGUCCAAAGCUAUUUCCGAUUUAACAUGAGCAACGUUCUAUCAACGUAUCAUUAUUUCUAUAUUACAUAUGUCAUUUAAUAAUUGCUAUUUUAGAAUCAUAGUUCUAAGGUCAACAAAAACUUAUUGAGCCAAUAUACAUCAAAUUGUCGUUCACCAUAAUGUUCCAGUCAUUUCUAUGCGAACAUGUAAUUAAAGUUCGUGAUCGAUACGACUACUUCGUACGAACUCUUACUGGAUUAUCUUUUAAUUUAAUUUUCAUUUGAGUUUAAAUCUAUUACAUGGGUAACUCCAUUUGUAUUUUCUCUUGCGGGUAGGAAAUUAUUGACGUGUAUUCGUGGAAGGAGAGGGGAAAGAUGACUGUUCCUUCUGUACACAGAUCGAUAAGCCUCGCUCAUUCUUUUUCCUCUUCAGUAUCGUAAUACUCAUAAAAUGUUUGCUCUUGUUUGAUACUUAUUAUGUUGAUAAAAAUCCUCUUGAAAUAUUCUUUAAGGAAUAAUUUAUGAGUAUGAAUGUAAUCAUUGAUUUCAUAAUUAUACACGUUUGCUCGUAAAUCAUCGAAUCCUUGAAUUAGAAUAAUUGUUAUAGUUGCAUUCGUUAAUUAUAUAGUGAAAUUACAAUUUAUUUUUACUUUGUAAUAAUAUUCAAUAUUUAUGUGUCAUGCACAUACGUUUCAUCGUUACGCCUAUCUGUAGCCUUAUAACGUUUCAAAUAUUAAACGAUUCCAAAUAUAGGUUUGAUCGCAUAAUGUUACUUUUUUCUACGUCUUGCCAAGCAUUAUUUUUCUUCUUUUACAGGACGUUAUGACGUAAACACGUAAUGUUGCAUUGUGUUAAUAAUAAGAAAGUUCGCUCAUCGACCGGUCUUAUCGUUUCCGGUCUCGCCUCUUAACGUCUAUGCUGUGCACUGUAACGAAACACUUCCCGUUGAAGUAGAUACAAAUGGUCACCGAAGUACCGUAUUAAAAAAGCAUGUGUACACCUGCAAAGUUCAACAAAAUCGGCAUACAACGUUUUAUCUUUACAUUUCGAAUCGAUUGUUGUACGAUUGAUCAAUAAAAGCUGCUAUUGCUCGUAGGCUAAUCAUAAAUUUUUGGUGUAAGAAUCGUAAAGAUAACUUUGAAAGAUUUGUGCUUUGGAUUAAUAUUUUUAUUAGUCGUUAAAAACGACUAUUCGUCCGUUUACUUAAAAUAAAGUCAACAGACAGAGAUCAAUGAACUUUGUUUUACGCUUGGAUCGAUUGGACUCGUUUAUGUGUUACGUUGGAACGAGCACUAAAAAAAAGGGUGGAGCCCUUGGUUUCUUUUGAUUAGUCUUUUACGAGAUAAAUAUUAUUUUAUAACGACGUUCUGUUGGAUCAUAAAUUACAGUCUUUUGAAAAUUCGUGUUAUUUUUAUUUUUAUUGAGAAUUAUUAUUUACUAUAUAAUGAAAUCAUAGAUAAGCAAAGUGCCUCGUCAACUUGUUCUUUUCCUGUUUUACUAGGGAACAAAUGCAAUCUGGUUAGGCUUUUCAGAAACCUUCCGGCUUUCACGGAAAUUCACGUCGAGCUUAAUCAUCCCAAUUGUUUCGAUUUGUUAUGUUGAAUAAGAAAAAAAGGGAUCGUUCGAUGUACUAGAUGAAUGAACAAUUUUUCAAUAUAUUCAAUCGACUAAAAAAAUUUAUCUUGGUCUAGGUCAGGGAUGGGUAACUUCUUCUCCGUCACGAGUCACACGGUCUUUAUCAUCAAUCAAUUCGUCCCUUCCCCACUAUUUGAGUUCACUAGUUACCGCUAUGUGCACCUUGUUAAAAAUAAGAGCCAUGCAGUUCACAAGGCAUGGCGGUGUCAAACGGUAAGAAUCGUCUCUUCUCAACUUACUGGAACGAAAAAGUAAGAGAAAAAGGAGUCGAUCGCGACUCGUGAGUCGUCAGUUGUCCAUUCCUAGUAUAAAUAAUCGCGUAUUUCACACUAUCUUAAUUAAUUCUCAUUUGUGACAGAAAUACGACUCGAAUUGGCAAGAAAUGAAAUGUUUAAACAUCCACUUAAUUAAUAAUUCAUUUCAUUUUUUAUUAAAUCAAAUAGAUCACAUGUUAAUUAUUCGCAUGUUUAAUUUAGACAUUUAUAUGAAUGAUUACUCAUCUUAGGCUAGUCGAAAUUGAUGUUAGACUCAUCUGAGAAACGUCUAGCUCAUGUAGGUCAACUACUCGAGUGUUAUCGCGAAGCGUGAUCGCCCCACGCUAGAUGAGAUGCCCAACAGCUAGCUAGCUAGCUAGCUAGAUUGCGCAAUUACACUUAUUGCGGAGGUACUCGUUUCAUUGUGUUAUGCUACUAUAUAAACUCCCAAAUGGGAGCAAGAGUCAGAUACAUUGAGUGUGAUACUCGUUUCUACGUUAUGUCCUAAGAACGAGUGUAUUGCCGUGCAACAAGUUAUGCAUCAUUAUAAUUGCCCACAAGCCGUUUAUGCAGAAGGCCGUGCCGCGCCUCGUCUGUGGCUCGCGAUGCAACUAUGUCUCAUGGUACUUUGAACUUAUCGAAAUAUAUACAUCAAUUAGGACAGGGAAGUUAAUAGAAACUGACAAGUAAAAAUAGUUGGAAGUUGAAAACUUGAUAUUAUAAUAAUACGAGAUGAUAAUAGGAGAACGAUUUAUUUUCUAUAUUCUCGUAAACAUUUUUUGAGGCUAUUGAAAUUGCAUUUUGUUUUUAGUUCAUUUUUACGUUUUUCGUAAGACAAUUGUAGAAAGGAAGAUAAGUGAAUUACGUCAGAGGUAAAGUGUGUUAGAGAAGAUUGCGAAUGGUCAGUAUUGUCUUCCGACUCGACUUUCUAAACUUGUAAUAUUGUCUUAUUUUUUCUUUUUCUUUCUCCUUUUUUUUUUAUAUAUCUAUGAGUAACGUUGACAAUUUUAAAUAUACAAAGAAGAAUCAUGUAAAUUCGAUAUAUUUACAUAUGCGUCGUUCAACAAGUCGACUUUCGUCCAGUUUCGAUUUUCGAACGAAAUAGCAGCUAUUUAACAGCUAGAUGCUUGGCGGGAAGCCAAUACGAACGAAGAAAAACGAAAAGAAAAUGACUUUAGCUUUGGUCAAUGUACACAAUACUUUUUACGAGUUCGAUUUCGGUAACUGAUUACAAAGGAAAUUCUCAGAAUUCUGUUGAUGAUAAGACACACCUUUCUUUCCUCGAACGUUUCCUUUAAAUUCUCUUGAUAAAAUAAAAUAUUCUAAUGUUAACGAUAUCUUUUAGUUAUAGAUCGUGUCUUUUUAUUGCGAAGGAAAUGACCUCGUUUUUUCCGUCUAAGUAUUAUUUUAAGAACGUUGCGAUAACAUAAGAUAGGAGUCAUCACUGUUUUAAGAAAGCACUUACGUCAUCAUUCACUCACGGAGUACCUCGAUUAAGAAUCAUCGCAUGGUUUUGUAUAAUAUUUUCCUCAUACCUCGAACCAUCAAAAGUCAUAUUAUUUGUAAUUAUUUCUUAUUAUACUUAUAAUAAUCUAUCUUCCGAUAUCGAAAUAUUGAACUUAAUAACUUGGCAAAAGAUCGAUUCAAAUCGUUAUCGCAUGAUCCUCCAGAAGUCAUUUUGAAAGAAAACAAUGAGAUAAGAGAAGAGAACUCUUUUUAUAGUAUCUUAAAUAUUUUUUUUUUUUAAUAUUCCAUAUCGACAAAGAAAAAGAAAAGAAAUAAAUAAGAUAAGACCUCAUCUAAUCAAAGCUAUGUAAUAUAAUUGUGAUCGUAAUUAUCAACAUCCUUCUAGAAAGUUGUAGGAGCUAUUUGUUUGCCCGUCGGAAAGACAAGACACGUCCCUGUUUCUUGCUUUGUCGUUUGCGACGAGCCAUUAGAGUUUAUCGAUACGUUUCGAUACGCUCCGCUCGUUUGAAUCCUUGAUGUCACUGCUCAUGCCAUAGUAAGACACUGUAUUAAUGAGGUAGAACAAAAUUGUGAUACCAACAUGGGAGACUACUUCCUCCUUGUAACCUGUUUUAUUUAUUUUCUUUUUCGUUUUAAAGUUAUUUAUUACUAUGAUUAUUGUUAUUAUUUUCCGUCUUUGACGAAUGAAGAAUGCGUUUUAAAUAGAAUAUUUUCGUUUUUAAAUUAGGUCAUCGAACUAUGAUCAUUCAUAAAUUUAAAAAAAGUACGACGAAGAUACUGAAUUUCGAAAUAAAAUAAACGAUAUGAAAUGAAAUAAACGAUAUUUAUAAUCAUGUAUUCAUAUUUCUUGGAUAACCACAUAAAAAUUUAGAUUACAGACGACAGUUUAUCGAAAUAAAAUAAAAUAAUAAUCAAAUCAAAUUAGUAGACAUAUUUAUGCUAUCAUUAUUUAUCACAUAAACUUUACUUCAUACACGCAAUUCGUGAUCUUUGGAUAAAAAGGUUAUCGUUUUUUUGUCGUUUCUAUUUUUUAUUCACUCGUCAUUCAGUUUUGUCUUUACAACGAACAUAAAGUAAAAAACGUAGGAUGUGUGAAAAUUGUAUUUUGAAUUAUGUUAAAAUAUCGUGAUAACUUGCGAGCGACCGUAUGCAUUUAGGUCGUUAAAAUUUCUUAUGCGACCGACGCGAUGUGUAUAGCCAAGUAUUAUCUCAUUUCGCGGUCUACCCAUAGUUUAGUAACAAUUCUUUUUCUUUUUGUAGUCAUGCAAGUAUAUAAUACAUGAUUAUCGCCUUUGAUCGUUUUAGAAAGUAUAUACAAUUUAUAUAAAUUUACAAAUAAUACUAUGUAGAUAUUUUCUUAUAUAUAUAUAUAUAUAUAUAUAUAUAUAUAUAUAUAAGUUUUUACAUUAGAAAUAUUUGAUCGCUGACAGGACUGUAAUACUUUUCUAUCAAAUCGAAUGCACGUUCGAAGUCACCUCGAUAAAACCGGUUCGACGUCCGCUCGGUUCAAACGCGUUGCUGUGCGUGAUCGAAUUCUAAAGUCACCGAUUUCAGAUAUAAAAAUAAAAAAGUGUGAUCCGAAAAGAAAAAAAAAAAAGAAAUAUAAGUAUAAAAAGUAAAGUAUAAAAGUUCUAUAAGAUUUUGUAAGUUUUUACAGAUUUCAUGAUAUCCGUGAUGACCGUAUUGGAAAGAGAAUUAUUCAAUUUCUAACAUUCCAGCUUGUGUUUAAUCAAUUCCAUGAACGUAAGCUUAAGUGGGCGAGAUUAGGAUGUAGAUACUUGUAUGUUAAUAUUAUUACGAUUAAUGGUGCUAUGUGAAUAGUAUGUAAUAAAAUGAAUCUAAUAUUCUAUAGGAUAUACGCACACACGCACACACAAUAUUAUCUUCCCAGUUUUUAUUUUAUUAAAUAUAAUAUGUUAUCAAAGUAUAUGUAUCAAAUAUCAUAUUAUAAUAUUUCUAUCAAAUAUGUAUAUUAUCAGAUAUAUAUGUUAUCAAAUUUCGACAAAUUUAUAAAGAAAUAAUUAAUUGCACCGGAAAUUAAAAAUUUGGGUCUACUCAAAAUUGAUUCUGAUCUUAAUUUUAUUUUGAUUAGUAACACGAUAGCUAUCUGAAAAGAUGACAACACUUGUGCUUCUAUUUUUCAGUGAACUUCUUUACUAUCGUUGACAUCGAUCACUUGUAAGAAUCGUAUCUCUCUCUCUAUAUAUAUAUAACACGAACAUAAAGUUUUGAUCAUGUAAAAUAUCAACUUCAAAUACUACUAGUUUUAGGGAUUACAUGAUAACUUGACGGUAUUCGUUUGAUGUGCUUGAAAAAAUAAAAAAAAUCAAUCGAUUGUAUCUUUUUGAUGAUUGUCUAAGAUUAACAAGAAUGUAAUUACCUAGUUAAUAUAACAUACAAUUUUAUAAUCGUUUAUCAUUAAAUAUAUACAUACAUACAUACGUAUAUAUAUAUAUAUAUAUAUAUAUAUAUAUAUAUAAAUACAUAGAGAUAGAAUUCUAGACUGGGUGUUUAUCAGGGUCGACGACGUUUUCAAGCGGUGAAAGUGAAAUUCUUCCUUUGGUCUGCAGUUUCAACGUUUCGAUCCUUCGUGCUUUCGUACCCGUUCACUGUUCCACGUUCCUAUCUUAGCUAUAUACGUGUAAAUAUGACAAAUCACUUAUCUUUCAAUCUCCAAUAAUUUUAUUUUAAUAAAUCGUCGAGAAUAUUUAAAAAAAACAUCUUAUGUUUUCAUCUCAAUGAAUUGAAUAUUUUUUCAUUUUUAUUUAUAAUGAUUUAUUCAUUAUUCAUCGAUACUCUAUAAGGAUGUUUAUACUUGAACACCUGAUACAUUCCACGAAUAAAAUAAAGAAUUCGUUUUGAAUAAGUCUCCAAAUUAAAAAAUCUAUUUAAUUCGUUUACUUCUUAAUUAUUAAUUUUUAUUAGAAAACAAGAAUUUUUUCAAAGAAGCGUACGAAAUUUGAUAUGUUUGAGUUUCAUAAUAGUAGAAUGUUAUACUCUGUAGAGAAUAAAUUUAAACGAUGUUUGAUCGAUAGUCACACAGAAAGCAACUGAGAAACAGUUGUUGGUUUGUUUGGUCUUACCAGUAGCACGUAGUCGCAUAAACGAAAACGAUGUUAAGAAAACGGGUUAAGUAUCCGACUGGGUGGACGUUGCUCGACGAAAAUAUCAAAGAUGUGGAACGCGUGUGUCUCGAUCCCGAAACUCAAAGAAAACUGUGCUGUACGGUCGGCGAGUAUGUCUUUUUAGAAUACCCAUGGGUAUACGUUCCUCGAGACGACGUACUGAAGCUUUCCAAUGAAAUAGGAUCUUGUUUGGAAGCUUACAAAGAACAAAUUUCUGCUUACAAUGGUACAUGUUUUUUAUUUGGUUACAAUUCGAUUGAACUCAGUUCUGAUAAAUUUGUGAUCUGUCUUACGGAAGAGGCAAGAGAUGCUAUUUUUCAAAGAAAUAAAAACAUUUCGAAAGCUAUUCUAAAUAGUAUUCGCGAACAGAGAGAAAAGAUUCCAAAAUUUUGGAAAUCGUUAGGUAGCGAGGAUGACCUGGAAAGUUCAGCUAAAAACACAAGAGAAUUGUACGAGAUAGAGAUCAAUCUUCCAACGACUUUGUUAGGUUUAGAUCGUCAACUUUCUGAUAGAGAUUCUGAAGGAUGCAGAGACAGUUACAUCGAUUUAAUACCUGAUAUUAAUGAAACGUUCGAUAACGUCGAUAAGCUUUUAGUUUCUCGUGUGACUCAGACACAUUUUCUACCUCGAGAUAACUAUGUUCAAACGCAACCCAGAAAUCCUAAAAAUGCUUGUACUCAGUAUGUAUACGAGGACAUUUUAAAGGAUAAAUUACUCGAUUUAAAAGAUUUUGAAAACGUUGAGAAAUCUUGCGACGAGACCGAACAAAGUACAGAUAGUAAAGAGGAAUUAGAAGAAAGGAAGGAGAAAGAGAUUGAAACAGAAAUUAGCAGAGAAAAGGAACCCAUUGAAGUAUUCUUGGAAGAACAUUCGCAACGAAUGAUCGACGAGAUCAAAUACAACGCUGUUGUAAACGUUUAUGUAGAUGAUAUCAAAAGUUUGCGUAAAGAUGAACAAAAAAUCAUCAAAUCCAUCGAAAUACCAAUUCGUGGCGAAUAUCAAUUUUUUAUAGAUUUCAAGGUCAUUAAGGGUAACAAUAUAUCUGACAUUUCUUGGCAUCCGAAGAUAAUGGAUUUUGUAGUUGUUUCUUAUAUUGGAUCAUCUAACAUAAUUCCUACUUCGAAUUCCAAUCCAGGUGCGUUACUUUGGUCAUUGUCCGAUGCUCUUAGACCACAAUCGUAUUUACGAUCCAACGAGAAUGUUCAUUGCAUUUCCUUCUGUCCUUCACGAGAAAACAUAGUUAUUGCAGGUUGUGAAAGUGGUCAGCUAGUUGUUUGGAAUAUACCACCUGAAAUAAUAAACUCUGGCAGUACUAUGAGUAAUAAUAGCAAAUCCAAAGUAUUACUUGAUCAACAAGAUAUAUCUAUUGUAAACGUGACAGCAACAUCGAAAAAAGAUUCUUCUCAUCGGUUGCCAAUUCGAAAAAUCAGAUGGAUACCGGCCAGAUUUCAAAUAAAGCCAAAUGGAAAAUUGAUGAAAUCUAUAGAUGACGUUAGCAGUUGUCAAUUUAUGACAAUUUCGGUGGGUGGUAUCAUCGUCAUUUGGACCCUUGAUUUAUCUUUGAAUUCGUCCAACGAUUUCUUCAAAGUAACAUACCGAUUGUCCGUACCAAUACCUAACAAUUCUCGAAAUUUUACGCUUCUCUGCGUCUCCAUUUCAUCGGAAAGCUUACAGGAAGAGUGUAACAAUGCUCAUCGAAAGGUCAACGAGUCCGAUAGGAAGGAAGAAGAGUAUACUAGGAGAUUAUGGUUAGGUACCGGGGAAGGGGAAUUGGUGCGUUGCACCUGGAAAGACCAGAUGUUCGAUGUCGAGCCGUCAAGCUCUGAGGAGUGUAACUUCCUCGAUCGUUCCUUUGCUCACGAUGGUCCCGUUAUUGAAAUCGUUCGAUGUCAUCGUCUGUUGGACGUUAUUCUAACGAUGGGUGGACACGUCUUUGCUAUAUGGAAUGAAAAUUAUUUGGAAUCACCGAUCUUCUGGAGGAAAUCCAAGGUUAUUUAUACUGCUUGUUGUUGGAGCUCUCAACCUGGUGUUUUUUUAAUGGGUAGAUACGAUGGUGAAUUAGAAAUGUGGGAUAUCAAACGGAAAACUGGAGAACCUGUUUUUAUCAGGAAUAUUUCGGACGGGCCAUUAACCGUAUUAUCUUUUUGGAAGGAAACAAAGGAAUCACCUGGCCUGAUUGGUAUCGGUGAUCAUAGAGGUAUCUUCCGUGUGUUUAAAGAACCAGCUAAGUAUUUAGACGAUGAUGAAAGAAUGGAUUGGUUCGAGGAAUACGUGUCGAGAGAAGUUAAAAGAAAGAAGGUCUUCUCAAGUUGGCAAAGCGAGUUUCUUAGGAACGAUCCGACUGUGAUAGCGAGAAGAUCGGAGAAAGAGGAUCAGGAACGAAAGAGAAAAUUAAAGGAAGCUAAGGAAAAUCUUCGAAGAGAACACGAACGAAGAUUAAAAUUAAAAGCCGAAAAAAAGGCACGGGACGCACCAAAAUCGAAAGAAACCAUUUGGAAAUUGAAGGAACAAAAACGAAUGAGAAGUGUUCUCUUGAAUAAAAAAGGUUUUGUUCCUGAAGAAUUGGAGAAACGAAAAUUGCCGUUGGUUCGUUUACAGGAAGAAAAACGUUUGAAAUCGCAGAAGAUUGAAAAGGAAGUUAAUCUUCGUAACAAAUUUUACGAAGAUAUCGUAGCCCGUCAAAUUCCUGAAAUAUCAAAUUCUUUUCAACAACCAAAACCAACAACCAAAAUCCUUGACGAAAAAGUAAAUGAAGUAGAAGAAGAACCCGAAACGAAUAUAGAAAAAUAUAUGCAACAGUAUUGCAAUAUCAGAGACGAAGUUCGAAAAAUAUUAGCUGAGAAACUUGAACAAAUUUAAUUAAAUAAAAACGAAUUGGGUCUUGGAAUAAUAUGUAUGGCAUGUGUUUCGCCGGCAUUGGUGGGUGCAUCCCAUUGGUUCCUAUUCGUUGCAACAACAUCUUUUAUUGCCACACUUUUAUGGUGUUUU